AGCUGUCAGUGCGGCGGGCGCGGAGCAGGCGGCCGGCGGGGCCGCCUAUUAAUAACGCGGCCACCCAGCCUGGGGUCGCGCAGCCAUGGCCAGCCCGGAGCCCCGGCGCGGCGGGGACGGCGCCGCCCAGGCCGCGAGGGGAACAGGAGCAGCACCCAAUUCUUCUUUUCAAGAGGAGAAGCAUUCUGAAUCCCUGGAUGAGGUGGGGACCUUGGACCCAGAAGCUACUCUAUCUUUGGAGGGGACCUUGGACUUGGAGGACAUUCUCUACUUGGGGGACACAGGUGACUUCGAUGACAUACUGUAUGUGGAAGAGACUGAGAAUCCUGAGGAGACACUGCAUAUUGAGGAGAUCAGGCAGCCAAAAGAGCUCUUGUAUGUGGAAGAACCUGUGAAACCAGAGGAGACGCUCCAUGCAGAGGAGACUGUGGAGCAGGAGGAGACUGUGGAGCCGGAGGAGACGUUGCCGGCGGAGGAGACUGUGGAGCCGGAGGAGACUGUGGAGCCGGAGGAGACUGUGAAGCUGGAGGAGACUGUGAAGCUGGAGGAGACAUUGCCUGCGGAGGAGACUGUGGAGCCGGAGGAGACUGUGAAGCUGGAGGAGACGUUGCCUGCGGAGGAGACUGUGGAGCCGGAGGAGACUGUGAAGCUGGAGGAGACGUUGCUUGCGGAGGAGACUGUGAAGCAGGAGGAGACACUCUAUGCGGAGGAGACUGUGAAGCCAGAAAAGACAAGCCCAGAACAGAUGGCUUAUGGGGGAGAGACGGUCACAAACGAGGAGAAACCUAACCCCGAGGAGAGCCUCGGAGCCGGGCCUAGUUCCAGCCCAGAGGAGAGCCUGAGCGUAGAGGACCUGGAAUUGCUGGAGGGGCGCUUCCAGGAAUGUGUCCAAGCUGUGGCCCAGCUGGAAGAAGAGAGGGAUCAGCUCAUUCAUGAGCUCGUGCUACUCCGGGAACCAGCCCUCCAGGAGGUGCAACAAGUCCACCAGGAUAUCCUGGCUGCCUACAAACUGCAUGCUCAAGCAGAGCUGGAGAGGGAUGGGCUAAGGGAGGAGAUCCGGCUGGUCAAGCAGAAGCUCUUCAAGGUGACAAAGGAAUGUGUGGCCUACCAAUACCAGCUGGAGUGCCGCCGGCAGGACGUGGCCCAGUUUGCCGACUUCCGGGAAGUGCUGACUGCACGGGCAGCCCAGCUCUCGGAAGAACUGGCCCAGCUCCGGGAUGCCUAUCAGAAGCAGAAGGAGCAGUUACGGCAACAGCUAGAAGCACCUCCAAGCCAGGGGGAUGGGCACUUCCUGCAGGAGAGCCGGAGGCUCUCUGCCCAGUUUGAGAACCUCAUGGCAGAGAGCCGCCAGGGCCUGGAGGAGGAGUAUGAGCCUCAGCUGCUGCGGCUCCUCGAGAGGAAAGAGGCUGCUGCCAAAGCCCUGCAGAAAACGCAGGCAGAGAUCCAGGAGAUGAAGGAGGCUCUGAGACCCCUGCAAGCAGAGGCCCGGCAGCUCCACCUACAAAACAGGAACCUGGAGGACCAGAUCACACUUGUGAGGCAAAAACGAGAUGAGGAGGUGCAGCAGUACAGGGAGCAGCUGGAGAAAAUGGAAGAACGAGAGAGGCAAUUAAGAAGCGGGGUGCAACUCCAGCAACAGAAGAACAAAGAGAUGGAGCAGCUAAGGAUCAGCCUUGCUGAAGAGCUUUCAACUUAUAAGGCUAUGCUACCCAAGAGCCUGGAACAGGCAGGUGGAACCGAGACACAGUCUCAAGGUGAUCCUUGCAGUGCAAGAGUGGUGUUUGCUUUGCUUUCUUAACCAUAUUAAUGCCUUAAAAGGACUUCAAGUGUGUGUCUAAUGACAAAGCAUUUAGGGAUAACACAUACCACCA